AGUUUUGCACUCUCAUCACAAUUAACAUAUUAAGACAAACAAUUUCAGCAUCAAUCUCGAGGCCUCUUUGUCUGUCUACCCUACACUACAAACCUCUGCUUAAUUUGGAAGUGAUUAUUUAGAGUAUGGACAAUGAGGAAAUCCCAUCAGUACCUUCUACCCCUGCAACACCAGGUACUCCUGGUGCUCCUCUUUUUGGUGCUUUCAAAUCUGAGAGAAAUGGAAAUGCUUCUGUUGUUAGUAGAAGUAAGUCACUCCUCAAGAAUUUGAAAUGUUUUAGUGUUCAAGAAUGGACUUUGGAAGAUGGUGCCUUACCUAAAGUCUCUUGCUCUUUGCCUCCUCCUCCUGUCCCUCUUGCUAAAAAGGUUGGAGCAGAGUUUAUAGGCACAUUCAUUCUAAUGUUUGCUGGAAUAUCCACUGCAAUUGUGAACCAAAAGAUACAUAACUCAGAGACACUAAUUGGAUGUGCUGGAGCUACUGGACUAGCUGUUAUGAUCAUAAUUUUAUCAACUGGUCACAUUUCUGGUGCUCAUCUCAAUCCUGCUGUCACCAUUUCCUUUGCAGCAUUAAAGCACUUCCCUUGGAAAAAUGUGCCUUUAUAUAUUGGUGCACAAGUUCUGGCAUCAAUAUGUGCAUCAUAUACUCUGAAAGGGGUUUUUCAUCCAUUCAUGAAUGGUGGAGUGACGGUUCCUUCAGUUGAAUAUGGCCAAGCUUUUGCUUUAGAGUUUAUUAUAAGCUUUAAUCUCAUGUUUGUUGUCACUGCUGUGGCUACCGACACAAGAGCUGUGGGUGAGCUUGCGGGAAUCGCGGUGGGAGCCACUGUCAUGCUCAACAUACUCAUAGCUGGGCCUGCAACUGGAGGUUCAAUGAAUCCAGUAAGAACAUUAGGCCCAGCAAUUGCUACAAACAACUACAAAGGCUUAUGGAUAUAUCUCGUAGCCCCUAUUAUUGGUGCACUAGCUGGGGCAGGUGCCUACACUGCCGUCAAACUCCAUGAUGAAGAAUUUAACUCUGAGGUAAAAGACUCUUCUGCCCCUGGAAGCUUCAGAAGAUGAUGACAUACUCAUCCCAAAGAUUGCAUUGGAAGAAUCUAUGUUCGACUUUUGGAUGAUAUUUCUUUUGGUCUGACUUUACUUAUCCUGUUGGCGAAUUUUGGAUUAUUAGGGUUUUGUCUUUAGGAAAAAAAAAAUCUUUGUAUGAUAAUAGUUAAACACGAUAUAGUUUUGUAAUUAGGAAAGAAGUGUUGUCAAAAAUAAAAUAAAAAUAAUGAGCGAUUGAUUGAGUA